AUGAUUUUUUCUUUGCAUUUUUUAUUACCAGUAAAUAAUAAUUAUAACGAAGAAAAUCAUGAUUAUUUCAUAAAAUCAAAUUAUAACAUCACUAAUCCAGAAAGAGAACUUUUACUUAAAGAUAAAUAUCAACAAUUAAUAAAUGAUGGAAUAAUAAAAGCACAUAAAUUUAUACGACAAAAUUUAAAACAAAGCAUGUUGGAAAAACACAAUGAACUGAUUUAUGGAACUAAAGUAAAUACCAUAGAGAAAGUUUCAGCUUUUCGUAAAAAAUUAGAUUAUAUUAUAGAGAAUGGAGAGUGGCAAAUAGAUUUAACACCCAGACCUGUUAUAAGGCAUAAACAAGAACCAUUAUUUGAUGAAUGUGAUAUAAAUAAUCAUUAUUUACAACAAGUACAAUAUUCAUCGCUAGAAACUGAUAAAGCAUUAGUUAAAGAAUAUUUUGAAAAUCCAAGAGAUUCAGUCAAAUAUCUAUGGAAGAACAAAAAUAAAGAUGAAGAAUGUAGUUUACCAAAAUUUACUAAAAAAGAAGCUUGUAAGAUUUUAUCGGGUCAAAGAAUUUCAAUAUUUGGUGACUCGACAAAUUUUCAAUUUCAUGAUAUGCUCAUAGAUUAUUUUCAUGAUGGACUAGUUCAAUGUUAUGGUGAACUUUUUUGUAAAGACCAUUCAUUAUCCAAGGAAGAAGAUAGUGAUGACUCCGAAAAACCAGAAUUUGGUGCUUCAUUAUUAAGAUUCAUUAGAAAUGAUCAUUUAACUGUAAGCCAUUCUUUAUUUGAAUCGGGUGAUAUAGAUUUAAAUGAUAUUACAAUUGGUUGGAAACCUUUUAUUGGACAGUAUAAUCUUAUGAUUCUUAAUACAGGACAUCAUUAUCAAGAUGAUGCAUAUUGGUGGUCAAGAUUGUUUGAGGUGGUGUAUACUUGGUCCAACUGA